CUGUCGAAUGUCAUCUUAUUUGCAGAGCGCCCACAAGAGAGAAACUGAGAAAUCAUGUAAGCAACAUGUAAACAAAACAACGUUUGUCUGCGCGCUAGAGAGCAAAAGUGAAAACACUGCCACCGGCUUUGCUGCUUCAAUCUGUGAAAAAUGGCCCUCCUUAACGAUACACAGGACGACGAUGAUCUGCUGGCGAAUCUGGAUUUACCAUCGCCACCGAAGAAAGCCGCCAUUUCAGCAGCGGAACCGUUAGCGGGAACCAGUUCUACUAGCGAUACCAAUAAGGUGGUGGUUAAACCGAAGGUAAACAAAGGCAACUGUGUGCUGGUGAAUCCGAAGCAGCGCGGAAAUCCGCUGCUGAAAUCCAUCCAAAACAUACCCUGGGAGUAUGAUGACAUCGUGCCGGAUUACGUGGUGGGAGCGACUUCUUGCAUCUUGUUUAUCUCGCUGCGCUAUCACAAUCUCAACCCGGACUAUAUCCAUGGCCGGCUAAAGCAGCUGGGUAAGAUGUACCAGCUGCGGGUCCUGCUGGUGCAAGUGGAUCUCCAGGAGCCCCACAAUGCACUGAAACAUCUGACCAGGAUUUGUUUGUUGGCGGAUUUGACUUUGAUGCUGGCGUGGAACGCCGACGAGGCGGGGAAAAUUGUAGAGACGUACAAAAUGUUCGAGAACAAACCACCGGACUUGAUAAUGGAGCGGGCCCAGCAGCAUCCCUACCAAAAGCUCGUGAGCGCUCUGACGCAUAUAAAACCGGUAAAUAAAACCGAUGCGAUGACUUUGAUCCAGAACUACGGAACGCUGGCGAAUAUAAUCAAUAGCAGUGAGGAAAAGCUGUCCCAAUGCACAGGGUUGGGUCCGAGGAAGGCAAAGAAGCUGUACAAAACAUUCAACGAAAAUUUUUUGAAGUCCUAGAAUUAGUUUUCGUUGUAUUAAGUUAUAUGAAAUGUGAUUUCUCUUCUCUAAAUUCGUUUCGUCAAUGCACAUACAUAUAGUCGCUACAUUUUGGUGUUGAAUACUUUGUAUUAUUACACAUGUUUUGAAAUACUUAUGUCUGUAGUCAAUUAGUACUGUAAUAAUAUCAAUAAAGUUGCAAUAGUGACCAUAAAUAUUCGUCAUUGGGUCAUUAUUGUACUUAGUUUUGAGAAGCUA